AUGGAGCAUCUACCAAAAGAAGUGCUCAUAGAUAUCGCAAAAUACAUCCGGAAGGGACGCUUCGCUACAAAAACAUUGCAUUCCUUGACCUUGUGCUCUCGACAAAUGCAUACAGUAUUUCAACCUGAACUUUAUUCUCACAUCUCCCCUGACUGGUCUAUCUAUUGGAUUCGUUUGAUCAUACACCUCUGGAGUCAUCCUGAGCUGGCUAAUCAAGUGCGACAUUUGCAGGCGGUUUGGUCGACCUGUGGACAUGGGUUCUGGUAUGAAUUCGACGAGGAAGAAUUUGUCGGAUUUAUCGAUUAUGCCUUGGACAAGAUAUUCGAAGCGGAGGAAAAGAAACUCAGAUCCAAAUGGAGAAAGCAUCUGCUUCUUCCGUGCGAAGAGGCGUGGAUGGGUUUACUUCUAGUCCGCUUGCCACAUCUGCACACAAUCGAGUUCAGCUACGUGGACUCCAAGUUCGUGUCAGAUAUUUUGCGCAAGGCAGCACAGCGCCAGCGACCCUUUCAUCAGACCCCUCCAUUUCCACAUCUGCGAGAGGUUAUAGUCGCUGUCCCGGAAGGACAUGGAUCUGUCGAUGCGGAAAUUCUCACGCCAUUCUUCUAUUUCCCUGCGGUUCGAAACAUUCAGGGCGGAGCAGUUUGCGAGUGCAUCUCAGACGAAACCGACAAAAUGCCCCUGGAUAUCCGCCAUUAA